GAGGUUUGGCGGAGGUGGUUCAUCGAGUGGAGGGGACACAUCUCACUAGAAGGUGGUCCGCUGCAAAGGAAGGAAGUUCCGACUCGCUCUCCAGUGGACCUUGUGAUUUUUUGGGGGGCGGGGAAGGCAUUGUGACUAUUUAGGAGGGGUGACAGCGUAUACCUCUGCUGGCUACAACACACGCUGGUGGGAAAUUCCACUUCCCCAAAAACUGAGAACAAGGUUUUAGGAGGUCCUCCUGUGAGGUAAGCCUUUAGGAAAAGGUCCCCCUUAAUCGAGUCUGCCCGCCAACGCCCGGGUCUGGAUGCAUGAGGCGGCUUCAUGGGCCUGAGGGACCAUGUGGAAAAUGGAACAGGCCACAUCCUCAGCCCAGGGCUGGCUCUGGACUACCUCCACGUGGAUGGCCCAAAGGAUGGCGGGAAGGUUUUAUCCACAGCGGUGUCAGGUUCUGGAGGCUCUGGCCUUAGCGACAGCACCAAUAGCUUGGACAGCAGCAGCGCUAGCUUCAGUAGCUUCUUCUCCGAGGAUAGCGGAGAAAGCGAGGAUGAGCGUCACGACAAUACUUGUACCCAGGUGGAAAUCCGGGACUCCCCGACUAGGCCGGACCGGGCGGAGAACCCACAGACCACCAGUGACUGCCGUGCCAAAAUGGACUUCGCUCUGAAGCUGGGCUACUCAGAAGAACUGGUGUUAUUGGUGCUAAAUAAAUUGGGCCCAGCCGCACUUAUCAACGACAUCCUAGGGGAACUGGUCAAACUGGGAACCAAGGCGGAACCGGUGGAGCCACCGAGAGGUACGGGAGAAUCUCAGUCUCCUUCAACCACUUCCAUAUACUCCUUGUCUUCCAUCUCGGUGGACUCGUGCCGCUCACUGAGUUCGUCCAAACUCCUGGAGGACAAAGACAACCUUCGGCCUGUCGUCGUGGACGGAAGUAACGUCGCCAUGAGUCAUGGCAACAAGGAGGUGUUCUCCUGUCAAGGCAUCCAGCUGGCGGUUGAUUGGUUCUUAGAGCGAGGCCACAGUGACAUCACGGUUUUUGUCCCUGCCUGGAGGAAGGAGCAAUCCCGUCCUGAUGCUCUCAUCACAGACCAGGAAGUCCUGCGACAACUGGAGAAACACAAGAUCCUGGUUUUUACGCCGUCCCGCCGCGUGCAGGGACGGCGGGUGGUCUGCUACGACGACCGCUUCAUCGUCAAGCUGGCGUACGAGUCGGAUGGCGUCAUCGUCUCCAACGACAAUUACCGCGACCUCGCCAAUGAGAAGCCAGAGUGGAAGAGGUUCAUCGACGAGCGCCUGCUGAUGUACUCCUUUGUUAACGACAAAUUCAUGCCACCAGACGACCCACUCGGCCGCCACGGACCCAGUUUGGAGAACUUCCUUAGGAAGCGAGCGCUCGUUCCGGAACACAGGAAGCAGCCUUGUCCUUAUGGUAAGAAGUGCACCUACGGUCAUAAGUGCAAAUUUUACCACCCAGAACGGGGCACUCAGCCUCAGCGUUCAGUAGCUGACGAGCUCCGGGCCAGCGCCAAAAUGUCCUCUGCAGCAUCCAAAGGCCAGAAGGAAGAAAUGACGACAGCCAGGAACCAAAUGUUGUCCAAGUCCGGCCAGGGAACCCCAAAGAAAACAUCAAGGUCCCUCACCGAGCUCCUGGAGGACCGUCUCAGAGUGCAGUCCAAAGUAGGAGGAGGCAUGGGAAGUGGUGGGAGUGUCCUUGGGCAUCCCAUACCAGGGAGGAUGCCUUUCUCAGGACAUCCGGAUGGAUGGGAUUAUCCCGGCUCCAAAGACCUGAGACAAAGUUGUUACCGAUCAGAGUCUGCAGGCUUGGGCUACAACUCCCAAGUAAAGACUUUGCCCCUAUUGAGCCUUCCCACUCUGGGGAGUCCCGAGCGCUUCUACCUGGCGGAUCCCCGGGCUAGGCAUCUACUAUCCGACUGUAGCAGUCAAGGCAGCUCUGAGUCCUUCUUCCCAGACCUGAUUUUGGACGACAGGGCGGUGUGCCACCACCACCACCAUCAUCAUCCUCACCCCUGCUCCAACCGGUAUAGCAGACCCAUAAACCGAACUCCACCUGGUCUCAGUCAGCACACUACACCAAGAGUUAAACAACUGGAUUUCAAUGUGGAAGAAAGUCCUUUCCAGUCCCUCUCCACUAAAAUUGCACCAACUCACCUGCCACUUUUGAGAAGCUACCCAGGAGAAUGUUUGGGUUCUACCCUUCAUCCAUCCCAAACAUCCACCUUUUCUCAGUGCUCCGUUCUGGCUAGUUCCCUUUGGCAGGAGGACCUACUCCAGGACUCAAGAGGCUAUCACCAAGGGUCACCAUUUCCUGACAGGCGGAAACAUCCUGAGAAACAACAAAUGCAAAUGAACUGGGACCAGCACUACCAACAGUCCCCUCAGCGCUGUUAUGAUCUCUUUCCCAUACAGGAUACAGCUUCAAAGAAAAUCUGGUCCUCUUCAUGGACGAACAGACAUUCGUCACCAUGUGGUCUCGCACCCUCACCACAGACGUCCCUUGCGUCCCCUCUCCAAACGAGACAGCAGUCUCUACUCCGGUUGGAGUCCUCCCCCAUGGCUCAGUACCAGGACCGGCGGGAGAGGGUGUUCUUGAACCUAUGUGGCAUUUUCCCGACCGAUUUGGUGAGGGUGGUGAUGAGCCGGAACCCGAGCGUGAUUGAUGCGCAGGAGCUGGCUGCUGCUAUAUUGUUGGAGAAAUCUCAGGAUAGUUCUUGAAUAACUUAGGAACCCCAAACCUCCAAAUCCAAAAGGCUCCCAAAGUUGCAGAGGUUCAGAGUAUUCUCUGUACUUGACCAAAAUGGCAGUGUUUGUGCAUAUGUGAACAGCUAGACCACAAAGUCUCUAAUUUUAGGGCAAAGUUCUUGAUCACGGGCAGUUUCCAGUCAAGGGGCAACAUUUGUAUUUCUGUGUCAAAGUUUCUUGACCGGUGGCAGAGUUUGAGUUCUGGGGCAUCAGUUCCAGUUUUGGGGCAAAGAUUCUAGUUCUUGGACACAGCGAAAACACCUGCCAUAUUAGUGCUAUUUCUAGUAGUAAAUAUAAAUCCCUAAAUAUGCUAUACUAGCACUUAAAAUGGGGAAUUCUGGAGUUUUGUAACAUUGUAAAGUCAAGCUAUUUACAUUUUUAAUAAUAGGGUUUGUGAGUCCAGGCUUUUAAGGGUAACAGUGCAUUUUUAUGUUAUUUAUUCCUUAAAUCUUAAGUUAUUUAUCUUAUUAUUAUGAUUUGGGCACUUUUGGUUCUUGUGUUUUUUGUUUUUUUUUCCGGGCAAUCAUAUCAGGGUAUUACAAGAGACAACGCAGCUAACCUCUUGACUGUGUGUGUGUGUCUUUUUUUUUUUUUUUUCAUCAGUGUGAAUUCCCCUCCACACCUCUAAAAUGGAAGUGAAACUCAGAGAGCACAUGCAGAAAACACACACACACACACACACACACACACACACACAAAAUCCUCCCCUCAAUACUUCCUCAACUGAUCUUCUAACAUCAUUUUGCAGAAUUCUUUAUUCUGUAUAUUUAACCGAAAGCUUUGGGUUCAUUUGUGAACCAUUACGUGGUUUUGGGAGGUCCUCCGAAGGAGAUUUCCUAACUUGUAUUUCAAUCACAAAACUCUCAGGAAAUUUGGGGUCUUGGUAGUUUCCAUAAAGAGACGGUUCCAAUCCCUUUCCUGGACCUCUCCAAAGUACUAAAUGGUCUCUGUUUGGCAACUAAGUUUCGACAGUUUCUGCGGCAAAGGUUCCUCAUUCCGGAUUGAAGUUGCUUGCUCUGGUGCAAAUGUGUCAUUCCUGAGCAAUGUUUAUAGUUCUGGAGCACAGUUUAAACAUUUUUAGAGCCGCGGCAAAGUUCCUGCUGCCGAAAAGCCAAAAUAGUUAGCAACUUGAAUGCUUGCUUAUUCAUUCUAAACUUGACUUUUUUUCCCCAUAUACAGACUUUGAUCAAAAUCCACACUUGAUGACACUUUUUGACAAAUUUGGCAUAGUCGUCCGUAUUCUAUUGGAUCGGCAAGCCAUUUCGGAUGAAUAUUUGUCAUUUUAUGGUAUUAGAUUCCCAGUUAAGCUUUACCUUUGAUUUACGCUCUUGACAGUAUUUUAAAUCUUUUUUUUUCUUUUCAACGCACUUCUAGCCGUCGUGCUAAGUUUAUAAUCAUUCUCAAAAAGAUUUGCCGCCGUAAACGUGGAUAAGCCGAUUCCUGGUUGGCGUAUGUUCCUGACUUUUCUUUGUUGAUACAAAUUGUAUCCUAAUGGCGAUAUGGUCAUUUUUAUAGGAGAAUAUAAAUAAGUCUUUUGUGUAUUUGUCACAAAAUUUGUCACCUCGACUAUGUUUUACUUUUUCCACUCCGCAUUCCCAAUAACUUAUUUUUUCAUGAUGAUGAUGAUGUUCUCCUUGGAAGAAGUGAUUUUUUUCUUUUCUAUGCGUCACGCUUCGGUGGGUGACUGGAGUAGACGGUUCAGUAAAAAGGUGUUAUCGAGUUAGAAACAUCAAAGACAAAAUGAAAACCAAAACUGUGAUGUCUUGGAAUAAUGGAAACAACGUUGUAAUUGUGAAACAUCAACGGCAAGAUGACAUGAUGUGGUUAGAAAUGAAAGAUGAUUUGUUUGGUUGUCUUCCAGUUGAAACAUCAAAAUUAUGAGUUUUGAUUCAGAUGCUAUGUGGCUUUAAAAAAAAAAACAACGGCUUUCAUCUCUAUACACCAAAAGGUUUCAUUCCUGAUUCAUGUGUCAAGAUCAGAUGAAAAUAUCAAGACAAAAUGAAAUUCUCAUGUAAAAUUGGACUUUGUACUGUGAAUAUUUUUAUUCGAUUGCUAACCGAUUUCUUUAGGAUGGGUCAAACAUCGGACAAAAUGGAUUUGAAUGUUUUCAUCCAAAAGAACCAAAUAUUUGUAACCAUCACUUCCUGAAUGCUUUAAAAUGUGCCUACGGGACAUUAUUCUUGCUUCUGUUGUGCGCAUUAGGGGGGUGCUAAUGAAGCUUUACAUACCCUAAAGCACAAAAUGCAAACCUUUCCUACCAUUGCUGUGUUUGUUACAUUGAAAAUGAGCAAUAAAACAAAAUGGCUGUGUUCACACCAUUUAGUCUUGUCCAGUUACUACUGUAUCCGGCAAAACAGAUCAAGAUGGACGCUAACGUAACAUUUGUGGCUAACAAAUUGCCAUAUUAUGUAACUCUCUAUUCAGUAUAAUAAUCAUUCAAAACACACAGCUAACCUUGCUAGCAAUGGCAUUUUGGCCCAUGACCGAACAACAGCAGAGCAGUAUUUACAGAUAAUACAAGCACAUUUCUUACCUUGGCUGGUGAAGCUUGGAUGUCAUUGAAGAGGUAAAUAUGGAGACUCUGCAGUGGCAUCGGACGAGUGCGUUUAGUUUGCGUGUGUAGUGGUCAGCUGAAGAGCUACAGGAAUGUCUCUUUUCAUCCUACAAGAUACUCAGAGUAGGGCCAUGUGUUUCCUGGUCGCGUAUGAAGUUAGCAUUUGAUCCAAUAGUAGAUUCAGAGUCGCAAGGAAAUGGAAAUGCUGAAGUUAAAUAUACACUAAAGGAAAAUAGUGAAAGGGGGCACAAAAAGCCUCAAGACGGUUGAUUUUUGGUUUUGUGAGUUUUACUGGUCAGCUGAUGAGCCACAUAUACAGGAAACAAAGUCAAACGCAAGAGAAUCCUACGCAAGAAACAAAAUAGCUGAAAACAAUGCUAGACAGAAAAAAA